AUGGCCGUCAAUGACUUGAUUUGCAUGGUUUCUUUAGGCGAGAAUGCCAUAUUCGUGAAGCUAAGUUCGACAACAAGCUUUGAUGAACUCCAAUUUGAUGUGUCUGAAAGAUUGAAAGUACCUAAAGAAGCUUUAUCCUUUAUAUUUAAAUCUGAGAGGCACCCCAACCUCAGUUUUUCAGUUGACAACGAUGAUGAUUUGAAGUGCAUGUUGGAGCACAAUCGAAAUAUUGGUUGUACGGAGAUUCACAUGCAAGCUGCUGUUAAUGUAGAGUGUUCCACUUCAAGGAAAAAUCAGAUUAGGGAAAUUAGUGAUGCCUCUUUGAAUGUAGAAUAUAGUCGUCCUCCUCCAGGAAAUGCAUCCAAUUCAGAGAGAAUCCAAAAUGAUUUCCCGUCUGGUGAGGUUGUAAUGAGAGCUGAUGAUAUUCUCAACAACACUUCCAGCAUUCCUCAAUGGUGGCACACAACAUUAACUGAAAAGGGGCAACAAUUUGAGACUGUAAACGAAUUGAGACUAGCUUUGCAGUACUAUUCCAUGGCGAAAAAAUUUGACUAUGAAUUUGUAAAGAAUGAACCCAAACGUAUCCGAGUAUGUUGUCGAUAUAAGGAGACAUAUGGAUGCCCUUGGAUGCUCUUUGCAUCUCCUGUUAAGUAUGGUAAAAGAAUUGAAAUCAAAAGGUUUGUGAAUGAACACAGUUGUGGACAACAUGCUAACAAUUCAGGGCAAUCACGGGCAUCUCGUAAAUUCAUAGCAGCCCAAUUGCGACCGGUAUUAAAGGCGCGACCUCAAAUCCGACCAAUUGAUGUGCAAAAGGAGUUCCUCACUCGAUAUGGAUUGAGACUUGAAUACAGUAAGAUAUGGUGGGGCAAAGAAAGAGCGCAGGAGGAUAUGUAUGGUGAUAGUUAUGAGGCUUAUGAUCAAUUAAGAUGGUAUGAGCAAAAGGUGAAGGAAACGAAUCCAGGAAGCUACAUAUGCAUUGACCAGAAUGAAGGAAGGUUCAAAAGACUGUUUAUAUGUUAUGCCGCUUGCAUCGUUGGUUUCUUAAAUGGGUGUAGACCCCUAUUAUUUUUGGAUGGGACCUUUUUGAAAGACAGAUACAAAGGCAUGCUCCUGAGCGCCAUAGCAUACGACGGAGACCAAGGGAUAUUUCCGCUUGCGUAUUGUAUAUGUGAUCAGGAAAAUGUUGAUAAUUGGAGAUGGUUCCUUCAAGGCUUGUGGUCCAUACUGUAUGAAAGGUUAGACCCGUACAAUCCUCCCCACCAAUUGGUAAUUAUUUCUGAUGCCGACAAGGGGAUUCGAGAAGCCGUGAGAGAAUAUUUCCCUGAAGCAAUCCACUCACGAUGCGUGCUGCACCUAGUUGAAAAUUUUAGAACAAAGCUAAAGGAUUUGGGAUUGAAAGCAAAGGACACACAAGUUUUGGGGAGUUUGCUCCAAUCUGCUUGCUAUAAAUACACUAUAGCGGAAUGGAACGACUACAUGAAGGAAAUUUAUGAGAUGGCUCCAGUCGCAUAUGAGAUUGUACUCUGUUAUUCGCCAGAGAAAUGGGCGAAUGCAUUCUUCCCUGGCAUCAGAUAUGGUCAUGUAACCUCUAAUGUUGCAGAAUCCUUUAACAGCUGGAUACGUGAAGCUCGAUUGUUUCGUAUCCUGCAAAUGGUAGAGCAUAUCCGAAAACAAAUUAUGAGUCGCCUGAACAAUAGACGGAUAAUGGCUGAUAAGUGGACAAGCUAUCUGUGCCCUAAAGCUGAGAAGAUUGUUAGAGAAAAUAUGGAAAGAGGACGUACUUUAGAGGUUAAACAAUCUAGAGAUGAUAUAUUCGAAGUGCAGUCACAUAGAACUACUCACGUUGAUUUGGAGAAGAGGACGUGCACUUGCCGAGCUUGGGACGUAACCCGUAUUCCUUGUGUGCAUGCUUGUGCAGUCAUUAUUUAUAUGAAAAGAGACGUAUAUCAAUAUUGUGAUUGGUUCAUGUCCGUAGAAGCGUUUAAGAAGAGCUACGACGAAAUAUUAUAUCUCAUCCCAAAUUAUAAGAAGCGGAGUGUGUCCAGGGAUGAAAUACAGAUUUUGCCACCAGUUACCACUAAGAGGAGGGGAAGAAAUAAAACAAGACGCAUAAACAACAGAACCAUUUACAAACGUCCAGUCAAAUGUUCUCGGUGCAAAGUUGAUGGUCACAAUCGAGCAACCUGUAACGAGCCCAUCUGGUGA